ACACAUUCCAGGCAGGCUAUUGCUGUGGAGGCUGUACAACAACUUCAGAGUGAAUUUGAAAGCUGCAGCUAAGUGGUAUCCAGAGAUUCUCUGAUCAACAAGGGUAACCAGGGCGUUUCCAGGAUCCUAACAUGUAUUUUCGGUUGGUUGUGCUUUUGGUCCUGACUCUUGGGGUUGUGCAGUGCCAAAGGAGACGUCCUGCUAAAGAUGAAUGGGACUACAGAGAUGGAGCUGAUAAGGUCAACAUGCGAGGGGUGGCCAAUCUAACUGAGGUCCUAGACAACUGGAGAUUCGACAUCCUGAAUCAGAUGAAGAACCUUGUUCAGAAUGACCACCAGGCCCUCCUCCCAGACUAUUCCAGGAUCCCGGCCCUGUCGGAGGCCCUGGAUGACCUCUUCAAGGAGUUCAAUGCGCUGAAGGAACGGCUUGGGGAGCUCAGCGAGAAGUUUGUGGGCAUCGAGACCUUCAUCGACGAGGUCAAGGCUGGGCACGCUGCCAACGGAGGGGCACGGGCCGAAGCCCUGCCCAAGAAGAAGGUCAACCCCAAGAAGAGGAAUCCCUAAGGACCCCCGGAGACCCCCUCCACUACAAUCCUUCUACAGGCCUAUCAGGACAUAGCAAUGCUUCUAUCAGCUUGCAAACUUUCAUCUUUGCCUUGAAUCAGUCACUUAUAAUAGAUAUUCAGUAAAAGAUACAUAAGAAAUAUGGAAGCUUGUUGAGCCCCAAGUAAAAGUUUACUGUAGUAAAAGCAUACCAAUGUGUAAUAAUAAAGCAUAGGUAAACAUUGUAAAGAAUAAACAGGAAUGGAAAAGCUAUGGUAAAUAUAUAGUACAGCCAUUGGAAAAUACAAAAAUAUUGUGCAAGAAUACUGUGGUAAACUUUUAUAGGAGGCUUUACUAGUGUACAGCAAACGACUGUACAAACAACUUUUUUUUAUUUAAUUGUACGCUAUUUAGCUGUGAAUACAGCGCCAAGGAUUCAUAAAGCUUGCACUUGUGCAGUGCUUAAAGAGCGUUAUUUUCAAAAUCUGUUUUUAAGAAUAAAACCCAGUUUGUUAUUCAAACAACAAUAUUCUUAUAGUAGGCCCAUUAAUUCCCUUGGCUUGGUUUAUGUGUGUCUUUUAUUGAAUAUGCUAAUAUGUAUUAGGUGCCAUUAUAUAGUAGCACACAUUUGUUUUUGUUGUAAAUACAGUGGAACCAAAAAGAGAAUAAUUAGCUUGGCUGAAAAUAAAGGUAUAUACAAGAAACACAGCAAUUAGAUGCAAUUAAGAGUGUAGACAACAAAAAACUGCCUUUACAGGAAGACCCUUAAACAUAUGUAAUGCAUUACAUGCAUUAUAGCUUAACAUUCCAGCAAUAAAAUAUACCAUACUAGCAUUGUACUCCAAGUUUGCUAUAGUAGAUUGGAUGAACAACACACUGGCAAAUACAGCACCUGCAGGACACAGCAGCAUGAUUUUUCUUUGUACUGAACAAAAACAAACUAGAUUGAUUGAAUACACUGGCGUUAAACCUUUCCAAUUGAAAUUAUAUAAUUCUGUACUGCUAAUGUAUCUAAUUUUCAGCAGGCUUCAUUUAUCGCAGAAGGGUGCUUGUGAAUAGGGAUUCUGCCACUCAAAACUAACAGUCGCGGUUAGUUAUCCUCAGCAACAGAUUGCAUACAACCGCUGCUAGCACAGAAAAACAACAUUUCAUGUUUUUGAAGAGACCCAAAGCUGUUCACAUUUUAUCUAUUUGUGUAUUGCGUGUGAUCCUGCAAAAGAGCUAUGGUUUUCCUGUUUUGUUUUUUUUUUGUUUUUUUUUCUCUGCAUGACUAAUAAAAAUAUGGUGAAAAGCGA